AUGGCCCACAAAACCUCCUCCACCGUCACGCUGGGCUCCGAAGCCACCCAGUCAGAAAGUCCCAAUCAGGCCAGCGAGUCGGAUAUCAAGGAGCAGCCGGAGAACGGUCAUCUGGGGUUUCAAGACAGCUUCGUGACACCAGGCGUGUUCACAGUGGCCGAGCUGGUACGCGUCUCACAGACUCCUAUUGCGGCAGGAACAGGUCCUAACUUCUCAUUGGCUGACCUGGACAGCUCCUCCUACUACAGCAUGAGCCCUGGAGCCAUGAGGAGACCCCUACCCAGCACCUCCUCCUCUAGCUCUGCCAAAAGGAUAAAGUGUAUGGAGGAGGACGUGGACAGUCCAGGGGAGGAGUCUUACUACCCCAGCCAGGGCCGGUCUCCAGGCAGCGGCAGUCAAGCUAGCAGCUGGCAUGAUGUGGAGCCAGCUGGAUAUAAACUUCGCGGCUCGCUAGCUAGCUCGUUCAUCUCUCGACAAGGGAUGUCUCCGCCCGGCGCUCUAAAGAAGUCAGAGAGGUCUGGUUUCAGCAGCCCCGCGCCUCCACAGACCGCCUCCUCCUCCUCCACCUCCCCACGAAUGGCUUUCACACACCACCACCGGCCUGUCAUAACCGGGGCUCGAGCAAGUCCCCAUGCCACUCCCUCCAGCCUUCACUUCCCAUCGUCCCCGAUCAUCCAGCAGCCGGGCUCCUACUUCUCCCACCCGGCCAUCCGGUACCACCCGCAGGAGACGCUCAAGGAGUUUGUGCAACUUGUCUGCCCCGAGUCCGGACAGCAGGCGGGACAGGUGGGCUUUCUAAAUCCUAACGGUAGCAGCCAGGGGAAGGUCCACAACCCCUUCCUGCCAACACCCAUGCUCCCCCCUCCACCCCCUCCUCCCAUGGCGCGGCCUGUGCCCCUUCCCGUACCUGACUCCAAACCCCCCUCCACCUCCUCCACUGAGGGGGGAGGCAACUCACCCACCUCGCCCACAUACUCCACCCCAAGCACAUCCCCGGCCCAGCGGUUUGUCAGCGUUGGACCCAGAGACCCUGGCUUUGUAAAUAUCCCUCAGCAACCACAGCCCACACGCUCACCACACUCCUCUGUGAUCUCUCCGUCCGACCGGGACUCGGACGGCACCGAGUCCCGGUCGGAUUCAAACCUGCGAGUAGUCGGAACUUAUUCCAAAACGACUCCGCAGAAGACUUCCUCCUCCUCUAGGAAACUAAAACUAGACUCCCCGGGUGUGACGAGCCGCGUUUAA